GCCGAUGCAUUCAAGCCGGAUGCUUGGGUGCACGACAAGGUGUACAACAUCUUCGGCUUCCCGAAGGCCAAGAAGGACAAGGCCAUGCAAGCAUUGGAUGACGACACCAAGACGGAGGUGAAGACGUUCUGUGACAAGGAGGAAAUCAAUUUCUUGGUCUUCUCCUCCGCGGCGGAGGGCGUGUGGACGGCGACUAGCGAGUUACCGGAUAUUACGAAGCUGAAGAAGAAGAUCCUUUUCGUGCACAAAGUAUACAUUCAUGUUGUACAGUUUGCGGGUGUACUAAGUUAGUGCAUCAUCGUCAUUGAUUUGGGCUCGUUGCAUUUUUGCAUCGAUGUUGAGCGUGACAGAGAGCGAGAAUCUUUCCCUCCAGUUUCGGAGACGGAAACCAUAACCAAGCGAUUGAAAAAUUCUUCACAGUGCGGCUCUGGGAAAAUCACCAAGGACAAUCUGUACGACCGGGUGCUGUUCAUGGAAGCCACGAAAGACCUGAUGUCGAUGUUGAACAACUACUGCCACCACAUCUACCUGUCUACGCUUUCGAACCCGGCAAACCAGACGGGCUGGAGUGACCUGAUCAGCAAAGACCUCAUGGACAAGUACCACGUCUUUCUUGCGAACCUCCACGUCACGUGCGGUUUGAUGAUGGGAAAAACACUGCUCCCGCUGCCCCCGAAAGAGGCCACAAACGAACGUGCCUCCUCAACGAACAAGGAUCGCGUGCACAUCCUGGAGUCCGCUGUCAUCACCUGGACGAAGCAAAUCUCGCACGUGUUGAAGCAAGAUCCGGAGGUGCUGCUGAAAACGGGGAACCCAGGACCACAGGUGGAACUGGAGUUCUGGCGCAACAAAGCGAGCAACCUGAACGUGAUCUAUGUAAGAUAAAGUUGAAAAGUACAGGGCAACAAAUUUCCUGAUUUGUUGCCCCAUACGGUAGAAUAUCUUCUCCCGCACCCGCAAAAGCAAAUGAAUGGCGCAGGACUUGUGUGGUCAGCUCGAAGUUUAAUGUUGGGCCAAAUGAAUAAAGCAACAGGUGCAUGGUCCAGUGUGAUUAAAUUCGUUGAUGACUUCGCGGGUGCGGGUAAUUUGUUCACUUGCAUACUAAUCAUGCCCAGCUCCAGUCCGAACAGCUGAAGAAGGUGUUAAAGUUCCUGGAGCAGAACAAAUCAACGUACACGCAGCCCUUCUCGAGACUGCAAAAGGAGGUCGAGCAGGCACGGGACGAGGCGAUCGACAACGAUCAUUUCUUGAAAACGCUUGUCCCCUUCUUCGACGUUCUAACGAACGACGGCGCGGACUACGAGAAGCUGCCGAACUGUUUUGACGGGUUGCUGCACACUAUCUUGCUCGUCUGGAAAUACUCGAAGUACUACAACACCCCGGGGAGACUGGUCGUGUUGAUCCGCGAGGUUUGCAACGUGAUCAUCAACCAAUCGCUGAAGUACAUUAACGGGCCGCAAAUCUUCACCCUGAUCCAAAACGAAGAAGCGAAAGAGGCAGUCGACAAAUUGGAAAGGACCCUCGCGAUCUGCACGGAGUUCAAGGAUCGGUACGCCAUGUACAAGGACAUCGCGGAGCAGCAGCCGAACGGCGGGUGGAAGAUCCAGUCCAACGCCUUGUUCGUGCGGUUGGACGCCUUCCGCGAGCGCUGCAGGGACAUUUUGGAUUUCACGAAGACGAUCGUGCAAUUUAUCAAACUGGAGCGGAUCGAUAUCGGCGGCACGAAGGGAAAGUUGCUCACGCAGGCGAUUGUCAACAUUUACGACGAGUUCCAGCGUGCGGUGGCGAAGUUUCAGUCAGUGGAUUACGACAUCAUGGACAUUGGUGAGAUGCGGUUCGACGACGACUUUUUUGCCUUCCGCAUGGCCAUCCGGGAGUUGGACCGAAGAAUGGCAACCGUGCUCGGGCUUGGGUUCGACGACCUGGACUCUGUCGCGGGUCGGGCGAAGCUCUUCGACGGAUUUGAGGGCCUGCUGGAGCGGCCGAUUUUGGAGGACGAACUCGAGAAAAAGUACACGGUGAUGUUGACGACGGUGAAAGGAGAUCUGAAGGUGUGCAAGACGCUUUUCAGCCAGAACAAGACGCAAAUCGACCUCGUGUCCGACAUCGCGCCGCUCUUCCUCAACUUUCCGCCGGUCGCCGGUGCCAUCUACUGGGUUCGCGCGCUGAAGCAGAGGAUCGACAUGCCAAUGAGCAAGUUGUUGGUUUUCAACAAGUUGGUCCGGGAGAAGCCGGAAGAGUACCGGGAGGUCGAGAAACUGUACAACCAGCUUUCCGAGCUCUUUGACGACUACGAAACGAAGAAGUACAAGGAGUGGAAAGCGACGCAGGUCGAGCCGACGAAGGAGAAGUUGAAGAUGCGGCUGCUGCGGCGGAUGGAAAAGACUGGGUUGCUGAAGGUGAACUUUGACCCGGCUCUGGUCAGGCUGCUACGGGAGACGCGGUACUUCCUCCUGUUUGGACUAGAAGUGCCUGACACCGCGUUGAACAUCUUCUCGCGCGCGGACGUGUACCGCACCUGGUGCGGCCAGUUCGAUAUCGUGGUCGGAAAGUACAACGCGGUCUUAACCGAGCUACUACCGGUGGAAGAACCGCUGUUGGAGGACAAGAUUGUCCGCAUGGACAGUGCACUGAGCCCCGGCCUGACCGACCUGAGGUGGAAGUCGGAGGAAAAGAUUCCGGCCCUGAUAAAAUCCGUCACCGACGUCGUGGGCGAGGUGAGCGACAUUGUGGACGCGAUCAAGGGAAAUCUGAAGAAGAUCUCCGCGAUUAUCGAGCAAUGGUGCCAGUCACCGUUGUUGGAAAGAAAAGCGAAACCGAUGGCGGUGGACGAGUUCGAUUUGGCGCACAAGGCCAACGUCGGAACCCGGUUGCACAUGAUGGGCGAGGCGGGCAAGGAGAUCCAUAAGUUCCUGAAGGAUUCCAACGAGGCACUGAAGGUGGCGAAGUCCAGCAACAUCUGGAAGAACUAUGUCGAUUUCGUGAACAACAUCAUGAUCGAGGGCUUCGUCUCGGUGAUCGCGGUCUCUUUGCAGUACCUGUGCGAAAUCUUGGACCCGCUGAUUAUUUCCCGGCACGACGUCCAGCCCCUGUUCGACAUCAAAAUCGAACUUGACCCGAGCAGCGGCGAGAUCGUGUUCGACCCGCCAUUUGCGCCCAAGGAAAAAGACGGCGUUGCGCUCCGGGGCACAAUCAACGGCUGGCUCAAGGACUUCUUCGCCAUGGCGGCGGUGACGAUGCCGCGCUUGGAUACGGGUACCGGGGAUUAUUUGAACGAGAUGAAGGAACACUUUCAGAUGCAAUGCCUGUUGUCCCUUGUCUUUGAACUGAUCGACAACACGGAGAUGAAGUGCAUCGAUUACCGGCAGACGUUCAUGCAGCACAGCUUUUUGUGGAAGGAGUCUUUGGAGGAGACCUUCGCCGACUUUUUGCUGGACGGCGCGAAGGACUUGGUGAACCCGGAAGUCGAGGACGGCAUGGACUUUCACACUCUGAUGGACACGGCCGGAAUUGAUAUGGGUCCCAAGAUCCCGCCCUUCGAGCGGUUCGAUGAGCAGAUCACGCGGUUCAAGCGUCUGAAAGAGGAAAUUGCGGGGACCAAGACCCCCGUGGACAUCCACUGGCUGCGGAUCAAUUCUCAGCCCGUGAAGAUCAAUUUGGUGCAGUACGUCGCAAAGUGGGAGGAGAAGUAUUCGAUGUACCUCCACAGCUACGUCGAGCAAAGAAUCGUGCAGUUGAUGGGUUUCAUCAACAACGUGCAAAAGGGUUUGACCGAGAUCUCGCCGGCGGACGACCCGGAAAAUUCCAAACUUCUGUACCAGACCAUGACGCACAUCCGCGAUGUAAAAUUUUUGCAAGGCCCACUGAAAACACUCUUCGAACCCAUCCGCCAGGGGUGCAACCUGUUGCGCAAGCACGGCGUCCCGGUUGCCGAGGAACACUUGAUCGAGCUGGAGGCGGCGCCGGCCAGAUGGGAGGAGGUGAUUCGUGCCGCGUUCGACGAACGUGAGCGGAUUUUGCCCUUGCAAAACGUCGAGAUGCUGAAGAUCCGUCACACCAUUGAUUCCUUUGGCUCCACCGUCGGCGACUUUCGUACCCAGUUCCGGGCGGAGUGCCCGUUCGACCACGGCCGGUUCUUGGAUUUGCCGAUUCCGGAGGAGCUGCAGGCGGAGAUCGAUGAGGCAGCCAACUCGCAGGACGCGCAAAAGUUGAUUGACGCGUUUGAGUCGGAAGGCUACGACCGCGCUUACCAAACGCUAGAUGACUAUUACGUGAAGACGCACGAGAUCCAGAAGACCGCGAAGGAGUACAAUAACUUGGAGAUUUUGUUCGACAUCUCGGUGUCGAACUACAGAAGCCUGAAGGAGUCGCUGGACGAUCUUGGCUUGUUGAAGAACUUGUGGGAUACGAUUUCUAUGAUAAAGACCACCUUCAAGGAGUGGAACACCACACUGUGGGAUAAGAUCAACACGGACGAUUUGAUGCAGCGAGUGAAAGAAUUCCAGAUGCAGAUGAAGGUGAUGCCGAAGGGUAUGCGCACCUGGCCGCUGUACAACUGGCUCGUCGAUCAGGUGAAGAACAUGGCGACGGUGCUUCCCUUGAUUAACGACCUGCGUUCCGACACCAUGCGAGACAGGCACUGGACUAUGAUUAUGGCGGUUACGGGUAAGCACUUCGAGAAGGGCCCGAACUUCUGCUUCCGCGACUUGCUCGUUUUGAACUUGCACCAUUUCGCCGAUGACGUGUCCGAAAUCGUGGAUCAGUCCGCAAAGGAGGCCAAGAUUGACAAGAAGUUGACCAUCAUCCGUAACACGUGGAGCAAAAUGGAGAUGCGGUUCAACAUGUCCAACCCGGAUGUGCCGCUGUUGGAGGAGUUAGGCGAGACUGUCGAGAUUUUGGAGGCCCACAGUUUGGAAAUGGUCGGCAUGACGUCCCAGGGUCGUUUCAUCGAGUUCUGUCAAGCGGUGGUGGACGAGUGGUCCGCGAAAUUGAGAACCAUCGAUGCUGUCGUGGACAUCUGGCAAAAGGUGCAGCUGAAUUGGUCGCGGUUGGAGCCCAUUUUUAUGCAGUCCGACGAUAUCCGAUCGCAGCUGCCAGACGAGUCGAAAAGAUUCGAGGCGGUCGAUGGAAAAUGGAAGGAGUUGAUGUUAGACGCGUCCCAAUCCACCAUGCUGGUCGAGAUCUGCUGCGCAGAGGGACGGCUGGAUGCUCUGCGCGAGAUCCACGACACAAUCGAGACGUGCGAGAAGGCUCUGAACGAUUACCUCGAACAGAAGAAGAAAGCGUUCCCGCGCUUCUACUUUGUGGCGAACCAGGCGCUGCUGGAUAUUCUCUCGAACGGUAACCGCCCCCUAAAGGUUGCAGCGUAUUUGGGUGAUGUAUUCGACGCCACCAAGACCUUGGACUUUUCGAAGUCUCCCGAUGACGGCAAGAUCGGUUGCGGUAUGGUCGCGAAGGAUGGUGAGUAUGUGGCGUUCCAUGAAGAUUUCACCCUUACCGGUGCUGUGGAGACGUACCUCUACAACCUGGAAGGUCAUGUGAGAUUAGUGUUGCGCGAUCAGAUGGAAGUUGCCCGCGGCACCGCGGAGAACUGGGAGAUCGACAAUCCCCGAGAAUUCUGGCUGGAACCGUACUGCGCACAAAUAGCGCUCCUGAUCACGAUGAUGGUGUGGACCGAGGAGACCGGUCGCGCGUUUGAGGAGAUCGAAGCGGGAAGUGAGACCGCGAUGAAGGAUUACAAACGCGUUUGCGACGACCGGAUUGAGAAGUUUAUUAUUCGUGUGCAGACCGACUUGUCUCCCGAACUCCGCGUGAAGAUCAUCACUGUGAUUACCAUCGAUGUGCACGGCCGGGAUGUCGUCGAGGGCUUCGUAAACAAGAAGAUCAUGGACGCCGCGGCCUUCGCGUGGCAGUCGCAGUUGAAGUUCUACAUGGGACCAAAACCGCAGAACCCGCCGAGUCUGGUCAGUCUCACUCCGGACGAGCUAAAGACGUGCUUUGUGAAGAUCUGCGAUUGGGUCACCGUCUACCUCUACGAGUACGUUGGAAACUGCGGUCGGUUGGUGAUUACCCCACUGACGGAUAGGUGCUACAUCACGCUGUCGCAGGCCUUGAACUUGACUCUCGGCGGCGCGCCGGCCGGCCCGGCCGGAACCGGAAAGACCGAAACCACCAAAGAUUUAUGCCGCGCACUGGCUUUGCCGAUCGUGGUGUUCAACUGCUCCGAUCAGAUGUCGUACUUGACGACUGCCAAUAUUUUUAUGGGGCUGGCGCAGGUCGGUGCUUGGGGUUGUUUCGACGAGUUUAACCGGAUCUCGAUCGAAGUGUUGUCCGUGGUAUCAACGCAAUACAAAGCUAUUCUCGAUGCGAUUCGUGAGAACGCGAAGACGUUUCUGUUCAUGGACGAGGAGAUCAAGCUGAUCGCGACGAUUGGUGCAUUUAUCACCAUGAACCCGGGUUACGCGGGGCGGACGGAACUGCCGGAGAACCUGAAGGCGUUGUUCCGCUCCUGCGCCAUGAUCGUGCCAGACUUGACCUUCAUCUGCGAGAACAUGUUGAUGAGUGAGGGAUUCGUGAUUGCCCGUCCGCUGUCGCGUAAAUUCGUGACUUUGUAUGGUCUGUCCGCGGCACUGCUGUCCAAGCAGAUGCACUACGAUUGGGGUCUGCGUGCGGUCAAAUCGCUGCUGCGUCAGGCGGGGAAGCUCAAGCGGAAGGAACCCGAUGCGGAUGAAAACCCGGUGCUGUGCCGUGCGCUGCGUGACUUCAAUACCCCGAAGAUUACGACCAUGGACAUGCCGAUCUUCCUGCGCUUGAUCAAGGAUCUGUUCACCGGCGUGUGGCCGGACCCCUUCGUGGAUGUCGAGUUCACCAAGGUGUGCGCGGGCGUGAUCAAGAAACGCGGUUUGCAAACGGACUCCUCCUUCGUCGUCAAGGUGGUCAGCCUGCUUGAUAUCCUGUUUGUGCGUCAUUGCUGCUUCAUUAUUGGUCCCGGUGGCUGCUCCAAGACGGAGGUGUGGAAGUCGUUGAUGGCUGCGGUCAAGGAAAUCGGCCAGGAGGGUUUGUGGGAACAGAUUAACCCGAAGGCGAUCACGCACUCCGAGUUGUACGGCUCCAUGUCGAAGACCAAGGAGUGGAAGGAUGGUGCCAUCGCGGUUGUGAUGCGGAACAUGAGCAAGGAGAUGAACGGGUAUAGAAUUUUUCCAGAUUACUUAUUUUGAUCAUGGACAUGAUUUGAACAAAAAUUUUGAAUCAUGCCAAACAUGCUUUUUAGGCACGUUCCUUUUCAAGGGCAAACGAUCAUUCUGUUUGCAGAGGUGCUACAAUUAUCAAAUGAGCAAACCCUUAUCAGGUACAAACCAAUCCAUCAGCACCGCUGGGUCAUCCUUGAUGGCGACAUUGAUGCGGAGUGGAUCGAGUCGAUGAACACGGUGAUGGAUGACAACAAGGUGCUCACGCUGGUCUCCAACGAACGUAUCGCGUUCGCGCCCACCAUGCGAAUGUUGCUCGAGAUCGAGAACAUGAAGCACGCGUCUCCCGCAACCGUCUCCCGUGGUGGUGUGCUGUUCAUCAACGAGACCGAUGUGGGCUGGAAGCCUUUUAUGGAGUCGUGGCGUGAAAACCUAGAUCAGGUUGCGCAGUCGACGUUUUACCUGUUGUUCGCGAAUUACUUCGAGGCGAACAUCGACUCCAUCCGUAAAAUGUUCGCGUUUUCGUGCCCGCUGCUCGACAUGGGCUUCAUCCAGUCCAUCACGUGCAUGAUUGACGCUCUAUUGAACAACAACUCAAAGGAAAAUAUGGAAGCUUUGAAGCAGAUGUCUGUCGACGAUCAGAAGCUUGUGUACGAGGCCUACUUCAUCUACGCCAUGAACUGGGCCAUCGGCGCAUCCGUCGCGGAUGACAAAGUGACUAACUAUCGUAAGGCCUGGGGCUCCUUCUACAAGGGCAUCGCCAAGGUAAAGUACCCCGAGGCUGGGAAUCCCGAAGACUACCGGUUCGACACGGUGAACAAGGAGUGGGUGCACUGGGAGAACUUUGUCAAGCCCUAUGAGCCGAUUCCGGGCAUCGAAGUGAUGUACCAGAACAUCGUGGUGUCCGGCGUCGACAUCGAGAAGUACAAGUACGUGCUCGACUUGCACAUCAGCCGGUAUAAACCAGUUUUGUACGUGGGUGUGCCCGGUACGGGGAAGACCACGAUCGUCAAGGAUUACUUGACAGAAGUGAAGAUCCGCCGCGACGACAUGAUGUCCUCCACGAUUUGCAACAACAGUUACACAUCUUCCUACGCCUUCCAGUCGAUUUUGGUCUCAUCUUUGGACAAGCGGACAGGACGAACCUAUGGUCCGCCGAGCAACAAAAAGUGUAUCUUCUUCGUCGAUGACUUGAACAUGCCAGCGAUGGACAAGUACGACACGCAAUCCGGUGCCAUGUUGCUGCUGCAAAUGCUCUCCUACAUGCAGAUCUACGACCGUGAUGAUUUUUCCAUCAAAAAGGACCUGCAGGAUAUUCAGUUCGUGUGCUGCAUGAACCCCAAGGCCGGUUCUUUCAUGAUCAACGACAGGCUCCAGAGGCACUUCACCGUCGUGACGACCUUCCUACCCACCGCGGAGUCCAUCAAGGGCGUUUACGGGCCGAUUGUGGAUACUCACUUUAAGCAGGGCUUCCCGAAAAACAUUCAAGACCUUGGGCCAGUGCUGGUGCAGGCCACAGUUGAUGUGCUGCAGAACAUUUUGAAUACCCCGUGCUUCUUGCCCUCUGCUGCUAAGUUCCACUACCAGUUCAACUUAAAGGAUGCGGCCAACAUCUUUCAGGGAAUCGUAUUCACGAACCCGGCCAUGUUCAAAGAUGGGCCGGCGAAGAUGGCGCGCUGCUGGCUCCACGAAGCGAACCGGGUGUUCGGGGAUCGACUUGUCUCGCACUCCGACGUUGCGGAGUUGCAGGCGAUUCUGGAGAAAGUCCAUGGAAAGCACAUCGCCGCGAUCGUCCCCAAGGACGAAAUGUUCCAAGAGCCGUUGAUCUGGACCACGUUCAUGGCGGUGGCGGGCGGGAAUGAUAAGGUCUACUUGCCGAUCAAGGACCUGGCGGCUCUACGCACGACGUUGGAAGACCAGCUGCGCCAGUACAAUGAGGCCAACGCCGCCAUGAACCUGGUGCUCUUCGAGGACGCCAUGAAGCACAUUUCCCGUAUUUGUCGCAUCAUCGACUUCCCAUGCGGCCACGCGCUUCUCGUCGGUGUCGGUGGUUCAGGUAAGCAGUCGCUCUCGUACCUGUCCUGCUUCAUCAUGCAAAUCACUGUGGUUCGUAUCUUGGUCAAUCAAUCCUACGGGAUGGCGGAGUUGAAGCUCGACCUGCAGGAGUUCUACAAAAAAGCCGCGGUGAAACCCGGAACGCCGCACGCGUUUCUGAUGACGGACGGCCAGAUCGCGGAUGAGCGGUUUCUGGUGUACUUGAACGACAUGCUUGCCUCCGGUAACAUUCCGGAUCUGUUCACCCGCGAGGAGUACGACGCCCACCUGGGCGCGAUCCGCAACCUCGCGAAGGCCGCCGGCGUACCGGACGACCGCGACGCACUGUUUCAAUACUUCCUAGAUCGGGUCAGGAAGAACCUGCACAUGAUUUUGUGCCAUUCGCCUGUCGGUGACGACUUCCGAAUUCGUGGGCGCAAAUUUCCGGCCUUGAUCUCGUGCAUGGUAGUUGACGAGUUCAUGGCGUGGCCGCGGGACGCAUUGCAGGGUGUCGCUGCCCGGUUCUUAGAACCGAUGAUCGACAGUGGCAACUUUCCCACGGAUGAGAUGAUGACCACGGUGUGUGAUAACAUGGCGGAGGUGCACUUGUCGAUUGAUGUGGCGAAUCAGCGCUACCUUGCGCAGGAGCGUCGCUACAAUUACACGACACCCAAGUCUUUUUUGGAGCUCAUUUCUUUCUACAUGGUCAUGUUGAAAGACCGUCAGGCGAAGGUGACGGUCAAUUUCGAGCGGUUGGAGAAAGGUCUGACUAUUAUGGAACAGGUGCAGGAGAAAGUCGAGGGUUUGAAAGAGGAUCUAAAGGUGACUAUGGUGCAAGUCGAGGAAAAAAAAACCGCCACUGAUGCGCUGAUCGCACAGGUCACCGAGGCCACGGAUAAGGCAAACAUCGAGAAAGCCGCAGCGAACGAAGAAGCUGAGAAGACGAACGCCCUGGCCGCGGACGCAGCGGCGGUGAAAGCGCAGGCGGAUGGGGAAUUGUCCGAGGCUAUGCCCGCGAUGGAGGCUGCCAAGGAAGCGGUGAACUGCCUGACCAAGCCGGCCAUCCAGGAGUUGAAAUCGCUCGGUAAGCCGCCGGUCGAGUGUAUCGACGUGUGUGCAGCGUGCGCGUUUUUGCUGAAGAACGAGAAGAAGAAGCUCGACUGGAAGGGCGCGCAGAAGAUGAUGAACAAUCCUGGUGCGUUUCUGGAUGAGAUCUUAGCGUUCGAUGCCAACAACAUUCCCGACGAGGUACUGAAGAAUGUUGAGCCGGUGCUUGCGCAGCCGUUCUUCACCUACGACAUCAUGAAGGGGAAGUCCACCGCCGCGGCUUACUUGACCAACUGGGUGAUCAACAUUGUCGGGUACAAUAAGAUCUACAAGAAGGUGGCGCCGUUGAUGGAGAAGGUCCGCAUCGCAACGGAAACGAAAGAGAAGGCCGAAGCAAGUCUAGCGAUUGUCAUGGCGCGGGUUAAAGAAGUGGAAGAGAAAGUCGCAAGCUUGAACGAAACGUUGAGCAACGCCGUGUCCGAGAAAGAAGCGGUCGAGGCGCAAGCGGCGGCUUGUUUGGAGAAGCUUGGUCUGGCGGAACGCUUGGUGAACGGGUUGGCGGAUGAGUACAAGCGUUGGACCAACACGGUGAAGGACUUGAAGGAGUUAGGCCUUCUGUUGAUCGGCGAUUGUUUACUCGCUUCCGAGUUUGUCGGUUACAUUUCGCCAUUUUCGUCCAAUUUCCGUUUGGACCUGUGGAAGAACCAAUGGAUUCCCGAUAUCGAAGGGCGAAAGAUCCCGAUUUCGAAGGGGGUGGACCCGUUGAAGGUAUCUGCUGCAAAAAUUUGGAAUUCAAAACUGACAGACUAGUUGGACGUCGUCCAUGAGAUGCAGAGGAUCUGUCGUAGCACGCAGUAAAGUUGCGGUGCGCUAUGCGCGAGUAAAGUAGAAACAAAAUUUUUUGCAUACGCCGCAAUUUGUCCACACAGGUCUUGACCAACGAGGCCGAGAUGGCUGGCUGGGCUAACGAGGGGCUCCCCGCUGAUCGAGUUUCGCUGGAGAACGCCUCCGUGAUCGUGUCUUGCGCCCGUUGGCCGUUGAUGAUCGAUCCGCAGCUGCAGGGCGUGAAGUGGAUUAAGCAGCGGUUCGGCGAGGACUUGACCACGAUUCAACUGAGUCAGAACAACUGGCUGAACAAGGUGGUGUACACGAUUUCUAUGGGUCUCACCCUGCUGAUCGAAGCCGUCGGGUCCGAAAUCGACGCGAUCCUCGAGCCGCUGCUCGGGCGUGCGGUCAUCAAGCGCGGCCGCUCGCAGUUCAUCAUCAAGCUCGGUGGUGAAGAGGUCGAGUACGACCCGAAGUUCAAGCUGUUUUUGCAGUCCAAACUGGCCAACCCGCACUACCGCCCGGAGAUCGCGGCCCAGUGUACCAUCAUCAACUUCAUCGUAACGCCGUCCGGUCUCGAGGACCAGAUUUUGGCUAUUGUCGUCAACAUCGAGAAGCCGGAGCUGGAACAAAAGAAACAGGAACUGGUCAGGAAGCAAAACGAAUUCAAGGUGACCCUGUCCCAAUUGGAGGACGACCUUCUCGCUCAGCUGUCCGCGGCGGAUCCGGCCACGAUUUUGGAAAACAUGCCACUGAUUGAAGGUCUGGAAGUGACGAAAGCCACCUCGGCCGAGAUCAACGAGCAGGUACUUCAGUGUUUUUUUUUUGUGUGGUGGUCAUUCUUUUUGCAUUUACAAAAAUCGCAAACCUCGCACACUCAUGCAUUGAGAGUCCGUUCCAUAGCAAGUGUAAGUUACAAUCAAACAGCUCUAUUAAACACUAAUCCUUCCACCUCUUCAAUGAAAUUAUUUCAGGUGAAAAUCGCGGUUGCGACCGAGAUCAAGAUCAAUGAGUCCCGCGAAAUGUACCGUCCGGCCGCGGCCGAGGGCUCCAUGUUGUUCUUUUUGAUCAUCCAACUGUGCUUCGUCGAACACAUGUACCAGUACAGUCUUGACGCGUUCCGUGGCUUCUUGGAAAAAGCAAUUGACAAAGCGCCACAGGACGAGGAUACCCGGGUCCGUGCGCUGCAUUUGAUCGACACCAUCCGCAUGGUCGUGUUCCGGUGGGUGAAUCGAGGGCUCUUCGAGAGGCACAAGCUGAUUUUCUGUGCGUUGUUGACCUUCCAAUUGUUUCAGAAGGGUGCUCUGAAUGAGGAUUACAACGCCACCUACAUGGACUUUUUGCUGAAGGGUCCUGUCAAGCCGGGCAUCGAAAACCCAAUUGCCGAAUGGUUGCCGAACACUGCGUGGUUCGCUGUCAACAAGCUCGUGGACUUGGAGGGAUUCGAUUCUUUUGCGCAGAACAUGGAGAAGGACGCCCCGAAUCGGUUUCGCGAGUGGUGCAACGAGCUCGCGCCAGAAGAUGUGAAGUUACCGCUGGACUGGAAAAAGCUCGAGCAGGUUCCGUUCCAGAAACUGCUCGUCUUGCGCUGCCUCCGUCCUGACCGGAUGACGAUUGCUCUGACCGAAUGGAUCGUGAACGCUUUGCCGAACGGAAAGGAGUACGUCUUCUGCGACGGGUCCAGCUCCUUUUUCACGGUGUUAUCCAAUUCCUUCGAGGAUUCUACCAACACGGUACCGAUCUUCUUCAUUCUGUCCCAAGGUGCAGAUCCGGUGAAGGAGGUCGAGGCGAUGGGUCGCAAAAUGAUCGGCUUGCAGCCCAACGUGAACUACCACAAUGUCGCGAUGGGACAGGGGCAGGACGUGGUCGCCAUGGCGAAGCUGGACAUGGGCCACAAGGAGGGGCAUUGGGUUAUGUUGCAGAACGUGCACUUGAUGCCGUCGUGGUGUAAAGUUCUGGAGAAGACCCUCGAUAACAUGGCCAUCGAGGGUUCGCACCCGAAUUUCCGCUUGUUCCUCUCCGCCGAUCCGUCGAACGGUAUUCCGCCGGGUAUUCUCGAACGGUCCAUCAAAUUGACCAACGAACCGCCGCAGGGGCUGCAGGCGAAUCUGCGUCGUGCGUUCGCGCUGUUCACGAAAGAGGACUUCGACGACCGUGACGCGAAGGUGAAGGCGAUUCUGUUCGGUCUGUGCCACUUCCAUGCGAUCAUGUUGGAGCGGAAGAAGUUCGGGCCCAUGGGCUACAACAUGAUGUACCCGUUCUCGAACGGUGACUUGCGCGAUUCCGCUUCUGUCCUGUACAACUACCUCGAGGGCUCCUCUUCCGCGAAAAUCCCGUGGGAUGAUCUCCGCUACAUCUUCGGCGAGAUUAUGUACGGUGGACAUAUCGUCGAUGAUUACGAUCGGCGGCUGUGUGCAACGUACCUCGCCUACUUCAUGCGCGACGACAUUCUCGAUGAGCUCCAACUUGUUCCCUACUGCGAUAACAAGCUGGUCUGGUUCACCCCUGCGUCUGGUUCUCCGCACGAGAAGGUGGUGGAACACUUGGAAACCAUGCCAGCAGAAUCCCCGCUCUUCUACGGGAUGCACCCGAACGCCGAGAUCGGAUUCCGCACGACGCAAUGUAACCUCAUGUUCGACACGCUGCAAAAUCUCCGACCCAAAGAAGCUGCGGGUGAUGGCGACGGAGCCACCGCCAGUCCGAUGCAGAUUGCGGAGCAGCUGUGCAAUGAGAUCUUCGAGGAGAUCAAGGAGAUCCGGUUCGCGGUGGAGGACACGAGCAAGGGUAUGAGCGAGGAGGAGAAGGGUCCUUACCAGUUUGUUUUCCUGCAUGAGUGUCAGAACAUGAACAAUUUGAUCGGCGAGAUGGUCCGUGGUUUGGGGGAACUGCAAUUGGGUUUCAAGGGUGAGCUGCAGAUGUCCGAACAGAUGGAAGCGCUAGCGGAUUCCUUGUUCAAGGAGAAGAUCGCGCCGCGGUGGCAGAAACUCGGGUUCCCGACCACGCGCAACCUGGCGAAUUGGCUGUCCAACUUGAAGGAACGUUGCGAGCAGCUGAACGACUGGAUUGGCGACCCGCUCACGAUUCCGAAGGUAGAGCGUGUUUGAUAUUUUUAACAGAUAAGUAGUAGUUUGUGAUGCAUAAUAAAGAACGUGCGGUAGAAACAACUCUUUUUUCUUUAUGCAAGACUGUUUCUCUUUUCGAUUUCUAUACGACGCACAUACUCACGCCAGGUCGUCGACAUCGCGAAGUUCUUUAACCCGCGUUCAUUCCUGACCGCGAUCAAGCAGCUCUGCUGUCAGCAGCAGCAACUGGAGCUCGACAAACUGGACAUGUUCACCGAAGUUACGAAGCGCGAGAAAGGUCAGAUGGACGCCCAUGCCCGUGACGGGUGCUACGUGUGUGGAUUGUUCCUCGAGGGAGCACGAUGGGACAUCAAUACGAAUUCCAUGGAAGAAUCCAAGCCAAAGGAGAUGUUCUGCAAGAUGCCGGUCAUCAUCUGCAAGGCGGGAUUGGCCUUGGAUCGCGAAGAAAAGAAUGUUUACAUGUGCCCGACCUACUGCACGCCUGGCCGUCGGCCCGAUUUCGUUUUCUUGGCUCAGUUGCGCACCAAGCAGCCGGGACAAAAGUGGAUUUUGGGCGGAGUGGCGAUGAUUUUGGAUAUCGGUAUUUCCAUGUGAGGGUGAAAAUUAGAAAAAACUAGCGGAAUUGAAUAACAAUAAAACGAAAAUUUACAACGCACAAAAUAAGUGGCAUUCCGAUAGACAAGGAGUCCACAUGCGCGACCGACUAGUAGUGCUACGUGGUAUUAGGAAAAAACGGUUACUGACGACUGUGCUGGUUAAAAAUUUGUUACACUAAUUAUUUGUGAAAUCCUGAGGCUGCAGGCGGGCCAUCGCCAUCGGGAGAACUCACUGCACUACUACCUAAUACCAGCGAGUCCGAGAUACAUUUGAGCUUUUAUGUUUGUUUCCAUUCUAUUCUUAUAUUCGAAAUCUAUUACAAUCAGAAUUCUAUUCUUAUAUUCGAGAUCUAUUACAAUCUAUUUUUUGUUGUAUUAAGGGCCAAAAGUAAAGCUAAUCUCGUUUCGUGGUUAGCCCUGCCACAAGAACUGCAACUUCAUUGCCGUUUCGGCACGAUCUAUUCAGAAUCGGAAGAUAUUUUUUAUGUUGUAUUUGAUGUUCGCGCGAGUGCGAACCCAAAAAACCUAUCGGAAUUAGGUUUGGUAAAAGUAUUUUUAAAUAUGCGGAAGCAGGGACAUUCUCUACCACCUCGAAAAAAGUUUGUCCUUGCGCAUGCAGCAGUCGUAGCAGUAGGAUUUUCUUCCCUAGGUGGAGGCAGAAUCUUACGCGAAAAAUGCAAUAUCUUCUCCUUUUCGAUGUAUUGAAAUUUAUUUUACGCCGCUUGCCGACGGAUGUAGGAGAACACGCGAAUUACAGGUUGUGCACUCUUACGGAUGUGCAAACGGAAGUAGGAGCUUGCUGCAGUCAGUGCGACGUUUGCUCUUACGCUUUGAUCUAAGUACAGUAAAAAUUGUUAAUGGCUAUAUUUCUACAUAAUUAUUUUAUGCGGUGAAUCAGACUUGCAGGUCUUAGAACUUAAUUCUGCCCUUCUCCAUCUGAGCGGGCAGCAGUUUUCAGAAUCAGUUUCGCGCUAAUUAAAAAGAGAAGGCUUGGCGACGUGAUGGGUCGUUUUCUUCCUGUGUCGUUGUAGUGAAGCCUUUUCGAAAAUUUCUUUUCUUGCUCAAGUUUCGUUAUGAAAAAAAAUUAUCUUUGUACAGCUAAGUUUGAUCUAAGUUUGAUUGGAAGUUCAAGUUUCAACGACAUUGUUUCAAAUAUAUUAUGGCGAGAAGUUUCUACUGCACAGCAACGUCUUUCAAUGAACAAUACUAGGUGUUUAUUCUGUCGUGGUGCAUUCCAUCACAGAAUGAAAGCUUGCAUCGCCUGCUGCCCGUUGCUACAACUACGAUGCGUUGGCUUUCUUGCCAUCCCGAACCAGAAGAACCCAUCGCCAGGGGUAAUUUUCAGUAAAGAUCAGAAAUGAUUCUUGCAGGUGUGCAAUGAAUGCAAAACUGAAACAAAUAUCAACCAACAGUCCGCG